AGACAAACCAAAGUAUCAAAUAAAAGGUAGAGAAGAAGAACACUUCAUUUGUGCUUUCUUUUCAAACAGCUCCUAUAUUGUCUGGUAAACCCUUUGUGAGAUUCUUCUUGUGAUUCAGUGUUUCUGAUCUCCGAUAGAAAAUGGUGAAGGAUCGGAAGGUAGGUGUGGCCAUGGAUUUCUCCAACAGCAGCAAGGCAGCUUUGCAAUGGGCAAUCGAUAAUUUAGCUGAUAAAGGUGAUACGUUCUACAUCAUCCAUGUCAAAUCCCAUUCCGGCGAUGAAUCUCGGGACAAACUCUGGUCUACCUCUGGCUCUCCUUUGAUUCCAUUGAGCGAGUUCCGUGAGCCGGAAGUGAUGGCUAAGUACAACGUGAAAACGGAUAUUGUUGUUCUUGACAUGCUUGAUACAGGAGCUAGACAAAAAGAGAUUCAAGUUGUGACCAAAUUGUAUUGGGGAGAUGCAAGGGAGAAGCUGGUUGAAGGAAUUGAAGAUCUGAAGCUGGAUACAUUGGUCAUGGGUAGCAGAGGACUCAGUUCUCUCCAGAGGAUCAUCUUAGGAAGCGUCACAAACUAUUUGGUGACCAAUGCACCUUGCCCCGUGACCAUCGUCAAGGACAAACACUGAUUCCCGUUAGGUACUAUCAAUAAUGCGUGAAGUACCACUACUUCAAGCGACGUCUUGUUUCAUCAUUUUAUUUAUUUAUGCUUUUUAAACCUCCUCUUUUAUGUAAUGUAACGUAACAUAUACCAAACAAAAACAUAAUUAAUUAUUGUUCAACUUGUUCUCAAUUAAUGUGUGUGAAA